ACAUCAACCCUGGCGGUCACAUGAGCACCCAGCACCUCUUGCAAGGCACACUCCAGAGCAGGCUGGACAGCAGUAAGUCAGAGACACUCAGGGGUAGGGUGGCCCAGGGACAGAACCAGCAGCCGCUCGCCUGCAUUGUCUGUUAUGCAAUGGCCUCUCCUCCUGUGUGGAUUUAGAACGGCUCCUCUCCCCUGCAAAGUGGCUGAGAGCAUGUGAGAGACUCACCUGCCACAGCCCUGCACUUGACGCAGCUAGCCUCCAGCCGAGAGCUCAGGUAGAGCUGGGGAAGGAUCCUCUCCAGCAGUGCUGGCAGCAGAGGGCCUGGCACUGCAUUUCUGGAGCCCACCACCACAUAGUUCAGCUGGCACUGCAAGCAACCGACUGGCUGUAAUGGCUGGAGGCUCUUCCGAGCUGGAAAACCGAGCUUCUGCCUCCGCUUGCCAUGGCGCCUGGGGAAGGGGCUCCAGGGGAACCAGCCAAGCGAACAGCUUCAAACAGGAGUGAUGGAGGGAGCUCCGCAGCAGAACUUCCCAAUGGUAGUGCAGAGAAGAAGAAGGCAGCCACAAUGCCUGACUCGCCGGCUGACGUGAAGACUCAGUCCAGAUCGACACCCCCCAACAUGCCUCCUCCACCGCCAGCCGUCACACAGGGAGCCACGCGGCACCCCUCCUUCACGCCAAACACCAAUCAAGAAGCUGGGCCUCCAACGUUUCUGCCUCGCGGCCGUUUUCAUGGUUGCUUGAAAUGGUCGAUGGUCUGUCUUUUAAUGAAUGGAAGCAGCCACUCCCCUACCGCUAUCAAUGGAGCUCCCUCCACCCCCAACGGGUUCAGCAACGGGCCUGCCACCUCCUCCACUGCCUCCCUGUCCACCCAUCAGCUCCCUCCCGCCUGUGGCGCCCGGCAGCUCAGCAAACUCAAGCGCUUCCUGACCACCCUGCAGCAGUUUGGGAACGACAUCUCCCCAGAGAUUGGGGAGCGGGUGCGCACGCUGGUGCUGGGGCUUGUGAACUCCACGCUGACCAUCGAAGAGUUCCACUCCAAGCUCCAGGAGGCAACUAACUUCCCACUGCGCCCCUUCGUUAUCCCCUUCCUGAAGGCCAACCUGCCCUUGCUGCAGCGCGAGCUGCUCCACUGCGCCCGCAUGGCCAAGCAGACCCCAGCCCAGUACCUGGCCCAGCACGAACAGCUGCUGCUUGAUGCCAACGCCUCGUCCCCCAUCGACUCCUCUGAGCUGCUCCUGGAGGUCACCGAGACUGGCAAGAGGAGGACACCAGACAGGACCAAAGAGAACGGCUUGGACCGAGACCCUCUGCACCCCGAACACCUCAGCAAACGGCCGUGCACCAUGAGCCCCGCUCAGCGGUACAGCCCCAGCAACGGGCUGAGCCACCAGCCCAACGGGCUGCCUCACCCCACCCCACCACCGCCACCACACUACCGCCUGGAGGACAUGGCCAUGGCACACCACUACCGGGACACCUACCGGCACCCCGACCCCAGGGAGCUCCGGGAGCGCCACCGGCAAGUGGCCAUGCAUGGCUCCCGCCAGGAGGAAGUGAUCGACCACAGACUAACAGACAGGGAGUGGGCUGAGGAGUGGAAACACCUCAACAACCUGCUGAACUGCAUCAUGGACAUGGUGGAGAAGACGCGGCGCUCCCUCACCGUGCUGCGCCGCUGCCAGGAGGCUGACCGCGAGGAGCUCAACCACUGGAUCCGCCGCUACAGCGAUGCUGAAGACAUGAAGAAAGGCACCAACCCCCCACCCCGCCCCCACAACAGCUCCUCCAACUCUGAGGCCCCCACAUUAGACGCUCACCGGGAGUUUGUGCCCAGGCCCCUCUCUGGUUACAUGCCCGAGGAAAUCUGGAGGAAAGCUGAAGAAGCUGUGAACGAGGUGAAGCGCCAGGCCAUGUCCGAGCUCCAGAAGGCAGUGUCAGAUGCGGAGCGCAAAGCCCAUGAGCUGAUCACUACCGAGCGAGCCAAGAUGGAGAGGGCCCUGGCGGAGGCCAAGCGCCAGGCUUCCGAGGACGCGCUGUCGGUGAUCAAUCAGCAGGAGGACUCGAAGCUGCUGGAACUGCGGGCGCAAGGCCAGCGAGACCUGCAGCGGAUGCAACACGGCCCGCUACUGCGGCUCCUUCUGCCAGCACAAGGAUUGGGAGAAGCACCACCACGUCUGUGGGCAGACUCUGCAGGGCCUCCAGGCCUCCGCCGGCGCAACCCCUUCCUCCGGGGUGGGCUUAGGAGUGGGCUCAGCUCAACCGGAUGUGGUGGCUGUCAGCACCUCCAUCACCAGCGUGGCCACCAUGGCCGCCAGCCCCAGCGAAACUGGCUCGGCUGCUGCUUCGCGCUCCGGCACGCCAGCCACCCCAGCUCCUCUGGAAACGGCAUCACGCUAACCGACCGACCGGCCAGCCAACAGAGGGGAAAGAAACAGAGAAACCUACAGAACGUCACUGCUGCUACUGCUUCUCUCCAAAAGAAAAACUAACUGCAUUCAAUGCAACUUCCUCAGCUACCUGACUCUUCUGUGACCUCCAAAUGACCUCUCGAUCUCUCAUAUGUAAUCCUCACGGAUCCUCAAACUGGGCUUUAAGUGGAGUUAAGGCAAAUACCAAUCUUCUCUGUUCUCACUUCGGUUUUCUAUGAUUUGGGGAGUUAUCAUCAUCGUCUGUUUGUUUGUUUUCUUCUUUUCGGAUGAGGAAUUUGUCCGCAAACUCUACGCACCUUGACUCGGGGAAAGGAAACCCACCGGUCUCUGUCCCACUGGAGAUGUGCGUGUGUGUGUGAAAUCUCCCUCUCGGUGCGGCCGGGGGAUGGCAUGAUGAAGGAUUUCGAUUUUAGAAGGCAAGAAACUUCUUCUCUUUUUCUUUUCUUUUUUUUUUUGUAAAAAAAAAAAUAAAAUAAAAUAAAAAAUAAAAACGUCAAA